CGUUCCUCCACCGGCAACUUGCAGUUCAAUUAAUCCAUAUCAGUAUCUCACGAUCUGAAUCAGAUGCUAAUCUCGACGCCACCUUCGCCCGUGCAGGCGAGUUUGCCAUCUAUAAUGCAGACAUGACAGCCUCCUAAUCAAGUUUAAUGAGCGAUGAGGUUCUUGCGAGCCUUCGAUUGCAGUGCAUAAGCACUUGAUCACACAUGAGAAUGAUUCUUGCUGUCUGCUGGUUCAGCAGACCAAUUGGCUCCACCCCCUUCGCUAUAUAAAGAAGGAAACCGAAGCCUGGAAGACACCAUUGCAGCAGCUUGCCUUCUCUUCCAUUUCCAGCGAAAAGAGGCUUCGCCUCCGUAGCUUCUCCCAUACCAAGCAUGGCUUGCCACCAGAGAUCCGUGAGUUUACCCUCAAGCCCUCGCUCCAAUGAAGCCAGCAUUGAGGAACAACUGCAGGGCCUCAAGUCAAUCGUCUGCUCACCGUCAGCGACCAUCGAAACCAUGGUUGAUGGUCUGAGCAAGAUCGGGAGCAUCUACAGCCGCAUCAACGAGGUCACAUGCCUGCCCAGUAGCCAGAGGAAGGCGGUGGAGGAGGAGCUCGACCGCUCUCUUGUCCUGCUUGACCUCUGCAAUGCCAUGCAAGAGAGCUUUGCGGAGCUCAAGACCAACGUCCAGGAGAUGCAAUUGGCUCUUAAAAGGGGAGAUGCUGCGUCUGUUCAGACCAGGGUCCAGUCUUAUGCCCGCUCUGCCAAGAAGGCACAGAAGCAGUGCAAGAAGAUCAGCAACAAGGCUUCUUUUGACAAGGAAGGAUGCAGGGUGAUCAAGCUGAUUGCUGAAGCGAGAGAGAUUGCCGUGUCAAUCAUUGAAUCGGCAUUGCAUCUCCUGUCGAAGCAAAUUGCGAUGCCGAGUUCUAGCAAGUGGUCACUCGUGUCCAAGUCAUUCCAAAAGAAGAGAGUUGUGUGUGAGGAGGAGCAAUUGCAAGGGUUGGAGCUGGACAUUGUUGAUCUCGAGAGCAGAGUUGGUACUUUGUUCAGGACAUUGAUCCAGAAUAGAGUUUCCCUUCUGAAUACUCUUAGCUUGUAGAGAGAUCAUACAACUCUGACCCCUGCGAUCAUCAUCCGCCUUUUAGAGGAUUAGCUGAUCAUCCAAACAAAUUUUUGAUGUACAUAUAUAUGAUACAAAGUGUACAGAAAAUUAUUCAACCGAGAGGCAAAGUUUUUGGUCCAUUUACUGUUGUCAGCUCAUAUUUCUCGUGUGACUACUUUUAUGAUGUUCAUUCUUGCCUGUGAUUCCUAUAUGUUUUACAUCAUAUAAAGAGAAUCCAAAUAAUAAAUAAAACUUUUAUGGCUUUGCUCACCACUAUUUUAGAAAUACAGGUUGUUCAGUGUUACCUAAUGAGUUGGUCUUGAUAUUCUUGUUCACAUGAGGAUGUGCCUCAACAGCAAGCACAAGAUCCUGAUACAGUGGAUCUUGCUUUCCAGAGCUAAAACAUGCCAGCUCCAAACCAUGAGAGGUUCUAUUGUAGUUACCAAUGAGUAGGGAUGAAAGUGGUAUGGAUAUUAUCUAUCCGUUCGUCCGACCGAAAAGGUUCAGACACUCAAAUGGUAAGUUCGUAUCCGAAUCCGGACAUUCAAUAUCCGUACCAUAUUCGAAUCCGGAUACUCAAAGUUGCAUUCCUAAGAUCCGAAUAGGAUGAAUAUCAAUAUUCGAUACAUCUUGUCACUAUUCGUAUCCGAAUUCGAUCCAAAAAAAAUAACUAUCUGUAUUUAUAUCCGCAAUAUCCGUUCGUAUCCGAUCCGUUUUCAUCCCUACCAAUGAGUGUUGAUUCCCUUGGAAAAUAAAAAUGUAUGGUUCUCUUAAUGCUUUAUUUUCUCAAGAAACUAUACUAUCUACUUUUGCCUAUUUAUGAAUAUGGCUAAUCUGUGUCCGUAUAACUAGACCUACCAAAAUAAAUUGACGGAUCUUUACAUUCUUCUUUUCUAUUAUUUUGCUUCUUUCCAGCAAAACUAUAUUUGACUUAUGCAUGGUAAAUUAGUAUAGGCAAGUGUUUAGCAACCCGAUAACUUACAAGACACCAAUACAGAAAACACAUGCACUAGACCGAAUUUCAUGGUGAAUUUUUUUUUUGUGAUAACUGAAGCAUGACAAUGUGAUAAGCUUAAUUUGGAACACAAAAUGCAGUAGCAAAUCCAAAAACUUCUACAGCAGAUACGUGGAUCAUCUUCAGGGGGACAGAUGCUUGAUGCUGCAACACUUUUUGUUUAGGAAUAAAGAAACUAAAGAUGCCAGCUAUUAUGCAUGUGUAUGCAUCAGAACCAGGCAACAGAGCAGCAGCCAUGAACACUUGAACUGUGAAGUCAACUGCUCCACCAGCACGGCAGCACGUAGCAACCAGCAUCGGCAAAGCUCUCCUUAUCCCAUUUCAUAGCUUGCUCACAGACGUCGUGAUCUGGACCCAAACAUUGAACUAGGCACUCGUGCACAUCAUUUUGCCGCUUACCUGAACAACAACAAAGGAAAAGGCAUCGGCCUGUCAUGCCGAUAGGUGGUUUUGUUGCAGCAGCACAGCACCUUCUAUCAAUGAGAUUCUCGCUAUGGAUACUGCCAACGACGCCAUUUCUUCAGUAAAUGCAGUUAAAUAGCCAGGCAUUCCAACUGAAGAUGUCACUGCCGUCUACAUUUUGUAUCAUUGCCAUUUAACACGAUUCAAAUCUCCAUAGAGUCCAUCAAUAGGCAAGCCAGAAG